UCAUUGCUGUUGCAACCGCAGUGAAGUAAUGUUAUUUGAUGGAAAUGCCGCUUUUUAACGGAAUAAAAUCGGUGUAUUUUAUACGUUCGUUUGAAUUCUCAUAAUUUUUUCCAGUUAAAAUCUUAAAAAAUCUUAAUUAUUUUAAUAACAAUGCAUUUGUGAUUAUAGAAAUGUGAAUACUUAAAUAAAAAAUAAAAAAAAUAAUAUCAUUUUACACAUGUCUGUGAUCUACACAUACAUAAGCAAUCGCAAAUGCAAGUGGCAGAUAGUGGCAAAAACAAUCAACCAACACUUGGAAUACUUAUGUAUGAUUGUUUGUAACAAAUGUAGAUAAUUUGAGUGAUAUUUGUGCGAAAGAAGUAAGCAAAUCUUCACACUUCGGAAAGUGAUAAAAAGCAUUUCACAUUGAUAGAUUGUGAAAAUAAUUUAUUUAUCAACUGUUAUGUACCUCGGCCACAUUGGCAUUGUUUGUAUGUUCUUACAUAUACAUACUUACAUACAUAUGUACAUAUAGUAUGUGUUGAUGUCAAGAAGUAAAUACUAAAUCAGUUUACAAUAAAUAUGGCAUUCUCUUUAUUCUCAAUUACUUCAUACUAAAUAACAGAUAACAGUAACAAUAAUAACACACAAUAAAMAAGUACAAAUCAGUAUUUAAUUCUGCUUACUUAAGAACUGUGAAGACUGCACCAUUUAGCACAUAGUUUGGAUGAGCAUGGAAGAUCUCAAUAUUUGCACCAUAGCGUUAGUGAUUAUAGUAUUUUUACUGUUCAUCAUUCGGAUACUCUCCUUAUCAAUUCGAAAUUUAAUUUUAUUGCGGCAACUGAAGUAUGAAGCUCGUCUACGUGCCCAASGCAGUGGUAAUCCAUGCAGCCCACCGGCCAACGGAGACUGCGCAGGAAACGCAGCGCCCAGAAGCGACAAUCCGCCAACAUACGAGUCCGCUAUGGCAAAUUACCUCGACGCAAAGCAACAGUUGCGUCAGAUGGAGGAAGGUGCCUUAGCUGGUGCUAAUGCCAUGACUGCUUCCACAACGACAAUCGAAACGUGUGUCUCUGAUAUUGGCCAAAGUCAAACCGACUUGACGCACAACGCAAACGAUCCCGCACUCACAGGCAGAGUUGUGCUCAACAYAGCCAGCGAAACACCAAAGCCGCUACAGUGAUAAAAAUUAUAUACGUACAUACAUACUAUGGGAUCACUAACGGUAUGAUUGUACAAUUCUACUGAAUAAGGAGUUAUUACACAAGUUAUCCACCACUAACAAUUCAUACAUACAUACUAUAUACUGUACUCUGUAUCAAAUAUAUAUAUAUAUACAUAAACAUA